AACCGCAGAAGCAAGAAGGAAGAGAGAAAAAUUUUCCUCCUGCACGUCAAAUUAUUAUUUCAUGCUCUCAUCACCACGUUUUUUUUUUUACCUUCGCCUUCACCGCUCUGCACCGACGGGUAGACUAGUGUUGGUUUCCGCCCCCAGCCCGAUAGAAAUUUUCGCUGAGAUCUUAAGAUCUUGAAGACGCGAUAUUCCAAGAGAACGGAAGACCCACGGUCCCAGUUGCCGUCAUGACCCCAUCCAGCCCUGUGAAAGUGGUGCUUUUAGACAUUGAGGGCACAGUUUGUCCAAUCUCCUUUGUCAAAGAUGUCCUGUUCCCCUACGCACUAAGUGUUCUACCGGAGACAUUGAAAACCCAAUGGGAUAGUCCAGACUUUGCAAAGUAUAGAGACGCGUUUCCAUCAGAAUAUUCCUCGUCUAAGGAUGCGCUAGAAGCACAUGCCAGGGACCUUAUGGAAAAGGAUGUAAAAAUCUCCUAUCUCAAAAACCUCCAGGGCUACCUAUGGGCGGAGGGCUACGCUUCAGGUGACUUGAAAGCCCCCCUAUUCCCGGAUGUUGCCGCAAAGCUAUCAGAAUGGCAACGCAAGGGCCUAAAGAUAAUGAUCUAUUCGUCUGGAUCUGUGGCGGCACAGAAGCUGUUCUUCGGACAUACAGACGCCUCCCCGUCCGAUCUGACACCGCAGAUCUCAGACUGGUUUGACACCGUCAACGCCGGGCUCAAGACGGAGACAGAUAGCUACAAGAAAAUUGCCAAUCAACACCCCGAGUUUUCGUCCGGGGAGUGGCUAUUCCUAAGUGAUAACGUUAAGGAGGUGGAGGCUGCUAUCCAAGCUGGCAUGCAGAGCGUGGUCGUUCAGCGUCCUGGAAAUGCACCUUUAUCGUCCGAGGUAUCACAGCGGUUACGAGUCAUAGAGACCUUUAAUUCCCUCGACGAUGAUCUAAACGUGCGCACGAAGUAACUGGCCGCCCGGGAAGGGCCACCAAGGCUAGCCAACGAGCAGAAUACCGCCCCCGUAUCGGGGGCGCUUACUAUAAGUCGAGAGGAUGACAAGCAAAUCGGACUAAAAGGAAAUGGUUGAGUGCAACUUGGCUAGCCCGGCGGGCCAAUCCGAGCUGGUCGCUCCGGUUGAUAGUAUCUAAAGGACUUGCAAAUCGGCCGGCACUC